GACCCGGGGGACGUGCGGGAAGGCUUCCUGUGCCCGCUCUGCCUCAAGGACCUCCAGUCGUUCUACCAGCUGCAGUCGCACUACGAGGACGAGCACUCGGGCGAGGACAGGGACGUCCGAGCGCAGCUCAAAAAUCUAGUCCAGAAGGCCAAAAGGGCAAAGAAGAAAUUGUUGAAACGAGAAGGAGAUGACAGAACCGAUUCUGGAUCUCAGGAACGAUACGAGUCGUUCAGCUAUGGUGGAGUAGAUCCAUACAUGUGGGAGCCCCAGGAAGUAGGUGCUAUGAGAAGCCAUCUUUCUGAUUUCAAGAAACACCGAGCAGCCAGGAUUGAUCACUAUGUAGUUGAAGUCAAUAAAUUAAUAAUCAGGUUAGAAAAGCUUACAUCGUUUGACAGAGCAAACACUGAGUCAGCUAAAAUUAGAGCUAUAGAGAAGUCUGUUGUGCCUUGGGUCAGUGAUCAGGAUGUUCCGUUCUGCCCAGACUGUGGCAGUAAGUUCAGUAUUCGAAACCGACGUCACCACUGCCGCCUUUGUGGGUCUAUUAUGUGCAAGAAGUGCAUGGAACUCGUCAGUCUUCCUUUGGCAAGCAAACUCACUAGUGCCAGCAAAGAGGCCUUGGGCUCUCAUACAAGCCCGAACUCCUCACCUAAUAGUGUCCAAGGCUCCCGCCGUGGCAGCAUUAGCAGCAUAAGCAGCGUGAGCUCUGUUCUGGACGAGAAGGAUGAUGACCGAAUCCGCUGUUGUCGUCACUGCAAAGAUACCCUGUUGAAAAGAGAACAACAGAUUGAUGAGAAAGAGUACACCCCAGAGAUUGUGAAACUCUAUGAGAAACUCCGUCUCUGCAUGGAGAAGGUUGACCAGAAGGCACCAGAAUACAUAAGGAUGGCAGAAUCGCUGAAUGCUGGGGAGACAACCUACAGCCUUGAACAUGCUAAUGACUUGAGGGUGGAGAUCCAAAAAGUGUAUGAAUUUAUAGAUGCCUUAAGCAAGAAGAUUUUGAGUCUAGGCUUGCAUGAAGAUCCCCAGCCUCAUCCUAGAACACUACAGCUUCAGAGAAUGAUAAGAUACUCAGCGACACUUUUUGUUCAGGAAAAACUGCUUGGUCUAAUGUCCCUGCCAACCAAAGAUCAGUAUGAAGAGCUGAAGAAGAGAAGACUGCAGAUGGUGGCUCUUGAAACAUAUGGAAAACAAGAGGAAAAGCAGAAAGACUUUGUCUCCAGAUCUGCAGCCACAGUUAAUGGUGAUGCAGCUCACCUGAAAAAAGGAACAGUCAGAAAAUCCGAAGGCUGGUUGCCUACCUCUAGCAUAUCGAGAGAGAGGGAGAUAUCAGACCCACUUCUUCAGCAGAUUGACAACAUCACAUCCUUUAUCGAGCAAGCAAAGGCAGCCAGUAGGAUAGAUGAGGUCCACAUGUUGCAAGAGAACUUGAGGCAGCUUCAGGAUGAAUAUGAUCAACAACAAACUCUGAAAGCUAUCGAGCUUUCGAAAAAACAGGCAGAAGAGGAAGAAAUGCAGAGGGAGGAACUUCAGGUCCUUCGUGAAAAAGAGUGGGAAAGAGAACAUCACAAGUUAAGGACAUGCUCCUUGGACUUCAGAGAAGUCAAGCAGCACCAGCACGAAGUUGCAAAAGAGAACUGGGACUUGACAGCACACGCGUUGGAUUUGGAUGCUGCUCCGAUCAAAGGGGACCCAAGUUUUGAAACUCCUGCUGUUGAACAGCUGCCCGCUAAAGGGCACUUGAUCUUCACACUCAAACCCCAGAGUGUCCCGCAGCAGGACAAAGAGUGCGAUCACACACCCUGUCUAAACCCCUUUGAAGAUGAAGCAGAUACCCCUCAGUCAGAGGAAGAUCCCAACCCGUUUGCCAAAGACACUUCUCCAGUAGUUUCUUUCUCUAAUGCAGCUCCGCAAGGUGAUAAAAAAGAAUAUAACCCAUUUGAAAAUGAAGAUGAGGAUGAGCAAACUAAUGGAGCACCUGCCAGUGCUUCAAACCCUUUUGAAGAGGAUGAAAAUCCAUUUCAAGAGCCUGGGGGCAGCUGGAAUUCUGGGAAUCCAUUUGAAGAGGGGCCUUCUACCAAUCCCUUUGAAGUGGAGGAUGGCAGCGAGAUCUCUGGAGAGGAGGCUAUAGAGGAAGAACUGCUGCUCCAACAGAUAGAUAAUAUCAAAGCUUAUAUAUUUGAUGCCAAACACAGUGGACGGAUGGAUGAGGUGGAGGUACUGACAGAGAACUUGAAGGAACUGAAACGCACAUUAGCAAAGCAGAAGGAGAAAUCCAACUGUUGA